AUGGAAGACAAAAUUGACACAUUUGAAGAGGAUGAUGAAUUUGCGUAUCUUGAUGACCUUUUAUUGAAUACUGAGAAAUUGGAGUAUAAAUCAUCUUCAAGUAUUGGUUUAGAUAAUAGUUUACGCAGAAGUGAACGUUCCAGAAGACCUAAUGUUAGAGAAGGUUAUGUUUCCACUGUUGAAGCUGUACCAACGAGAGGCGAAAUUCCAAUCUUGGAAAGAUUUAGGUCAAGCUCAAAUUCAAGUUUCAAUAAAAUUUGUCAAUAUUCAUUAACUUCACUGCUUCGUGAGAAAAAAAGACAUGAAAAAAUUGGGUAUGAUCUUUCUGUAUUGGAACAAGUUAUUAAGGGCGGAAUCGAACUUGAAAAUGAAGACCCAUUUGAUACAUAUGAUCGAACUUUAAUUUCUACUACCUUAUUAAAAGAUGAUGAACAAAAAGUUGAAUAUUUACAACAGAAACUACCAAAACCUUCUCUUAAGACUACAAGAUUAGAUGCUAUAUUUACGUUUUUAUCUAGAGCUGCAUCAGAUAAUGAAAAGUUAAAAGAAGUUUUAUGCAAUGAUUGGAUCGCUCAACAAUACCAAUUAGGAUGGGAAAUGCCGAAUGAAGUUGUUUUUUGGCUGCUUGAAACAGCAAGUUUCCACAAUGAUUUAUUUAUUGCAGAAGCAGCUUCAAAUACUUUAAAAAAUAUUACAGAAAUUUAUGCAAUGUACGACAUAUUUAAAAAAUAUGGAGCCUCUCCUGACCUCCUUGAGAUUCAAUGUUCACUGGAGGAUAAAUAUAAAAAAUAUGAAACCGAUACAUCACUUUCAGAAUUUCCUUAUUUGGCUUUGUUUCGGUUAUCGCUAAAAUCAAUUAUAUCAUUAGUUGAUGUGGGAUGGUUAAUGUUUAAAGAUGUGGAAGAGAUUCGAACUGCAAUUGUUAUCAUUCUUCGUUUAUGCUUGGAUGCUAGAUUGAUACAAACUUAUAAUAUGAUUGAACAAUUGAUCAGCUCCCUUUUAAACUUAAUACCAGAUGAUGAGUGGAUUCAGCAAGUGCUAUCAUUGAAAUGUUUAUUUGUUAUGGCGAAAUCAACAUCCUUUAAAUUAUCCAAUUUAAAUUUAUCUAAACCAUCACUUAUAAAACCGAUAUGGGACUUAUUUCAUAAAUCUGAUGUUUUCAAAAUUAGGGACGAUACAAAUUAUAAAGAUUUAUACGAUAUGAUAAUUUUAAUCAGUUAUGUGAUUGAUGAUAUUGAUCAGAUAAAAGCUGAAGAGAAUUUUGUCAAGGAAAUUAUCGAAAAACUGAAACGUUUACAUGGGAGAAUAAACGAUACAAAGGCUGCAUUUUUGGAUAGAACAAAAACAAAAGAUCUUAUGUUAAAUCUUUAUAUGCGUCUUCACUAUAUAAUCUAUCAUAAACGUGAAAGAACACAAAUCGAUGCGUUUUACAUUCCACAGCAAAAGAAGAAACAAAAAACAAUUCAAUAA